AUGAUGGUGAUGAUGAUGAUGGCCGUGUUGGUCAUGGUCAUGGCAAUGUUGUUGAUGACGAUCAUCGUCCUCGGCGUGAUGUUGGUCAUCAUCAUCGAUCUCGUCAUGGUUCUGGUCGUCAUGAUGGUGCUGGUACUGGUGGAGGCCGUCAGUCGCAGCGGAGCGGUCGACGGCGACAUCAUCCUCUUCUCGCUCGACGCGUAUGUAGCGGCGGUGGUCGACGGACAUGGCGAGGAGGCCACAGAUGCAUUGGCUGCAGUGGACGCGGCGCUAGACGAGCUGCAGAGCAAGACGGCACAGGCCGAAGCCGAAGUGGUUUCACUGGAGACAGCGGUCAAGCGACAGGGUGCCUCGUUUGGCGCGGCCAUGGACAGGUUGCGCUCGCACUUUGGCUUGACCGUCUCUGCCUUUGAGACCAUGGAUGGCUCCAUUGACGCUGUCGGCUCUUCAGCCAUCCGCAUUGGCAACCACCUGCACCGGCUGGACUUGCAGCGCAAGCGCGCACUGGCGGCUACUGAACUGCUGGGCAUGCUGCAGGCGUUUGAAGAGUACGGUUCCGGAGACGGCAACGGCGCUCAUCCGCUUGCCGACCUCGAGGCUGGCAAAGCCGCCGAGGUCGUCUCGAUUCUGUCGCGCGUGGUGAGCGACGUCGACGCGCCACAGUUGGCUUCCAUCCGUAGCGUCAUUGAGGCAUCCGAGAUGGAGCUGCAGGACUCGCUGCUGAUGCGGUUCCGCGAGGCGUACAACGAGGGCGAGGUGGCGGCGAUGCGGGCCGCUGCCGAGGCCUUUUCCCACUUUAACUCUUCGAACCGCAUGGCGCACGAGCUGGAAGAGUGCUUCUACGUCAAGCGCAUCGCUCCGCUGGCGUAUCUCGACUGGCUCACGGCUCCGCUACCCGAGGCGCUGGCAACUAUCCACCGGACCGCAGUCCGCAUCGCGCUCGCAGAGAGCGAGCUCGUUGCCGCCGUCUUUCCGACUGUUGCCUCGCGCGUUCUCACUUCGCUUCUGCGGUACCUGUUCUCCAAGCUUGUCUUCAAGGCCUUUCGCGCUCUGCUUGACGCAGCGGCAGCGGCGGCGCCGGACGUACCGGACGCGCCGACAAUCGAGAGUGAGCCCGUGGCACCGACGCCGGCUCUCAAGUACCUCGUGGCGCUCCACGCCUGCGCGGCUGCGGCGCGGCGGCUGGUGGACGAGCUCAGCGCCGCCGGCCUCGCUGACGAGGCCGCGGCACUGGACGAGCCGGUCACUGAGUUCUUUCUCCCGCUGCAGGCCAAGUAUCUGGAGAAGGAGCGCUACGCGCUGUCCGAGUACUGCGCUGCCGUCGUCGCCGCUGAGCACAAGGCCGUCGGCGUCGACGCCGCGCCCAAGGCCAAAAAGUCGUUCUUCUCCACCAUUGCGUCGUCGGUCCACGUCCCAGGCAGCCACUCGGGCGCGGCGAGCGGAGGCGAGGCCGAGGCCGACAAUGGGGCUGCGGCGUGGGUCGUCGUUCCCAGCGAUGGCUUUGACGCGGCCGACCCGGCGCCCAAGGUCUCGCUUCGCGUCGCUUCAACGCUGCUUCGGGUCCACGAAGACGCCGUCAAGCGAGCCCAGGUCCUUUCGCUCCCUGACACUGAGGCCGAAAACGUCCAGCAGCUCUUCAUGUCGCUCCUCUUCUAUCUCGGGCGCAAGUACGUCCGCCGCUCGAUUGAGGCUGUCCAAAUGGAGCUACCGGAUCGUUCGAGCGCUAGCGAUGAGCCGCAGCUCGAGCUCUUCCUCGUCGUCGUCUCACGAGUCACCCACAUUGCCCGUCUGCUGCAGGCUCACUUUGCCACCUUUGUCCUCCCGGCCAUCGACUCUGCGGUCAACGUCCGCACCAUCUGCGUCGAGCGUAAGAACCAAACGCUCGCUGCCCUCGAGGCCGGCCUCAAUUCCGGCCUCACCACCGGCCUCAUCGCCCUUGUCUCGCACUUUAAGGCCCUGCUCGAGGACGCCCAGCUCUCGGCAGACUAUGCGCCCAAGUCUGACGACGACUCGGCCAUGAUGCUCACUGCGCAGAAGACCGCUGCCUGCGCCGCAGGCACAGCGUUUCUGGAGCGGACCGCAGCACUCCUACGCUCACGCCUCGACCCGGCCAACGCCGCCCGCAUGCUCCGCGAGCUCGGCAACGGCGCCAUCGAAGUUCUUCUUCGCCACAUCAAGCGGUUCAAGUACACCGAGUUUGGCGCCCUCCGCCUCCUCAACGAUCUGCAGGGCUACCAGGCUGCGCUUGCCACCUUUGAGCUUGACGAAGUCGACGCCGAGUUUGUCAUGCUCCGCGAGCUUGGCAACCUCUUUCUCGUUGCUCCGCACAACCUUCCGGGCGUCGCCUCUGAAGGCGAGCUCGCCCGUCUCGACCGCAAGACCAUUCUCAGCUACGUCCAGCAGCGCGCCGACUUUAAGCAAGCCCGCAUCGGCAAGCUCUUUGAUGCUGCUGCCUAAGCCCCCCCCCCCUCCCCUUACGCAACGACUUGAAACCUGCCUGCAUCACCAAUGCCACAACGCGAUCAAAUCACGCCGUC